AUGAACAAGUACGAGGUACUUGGAGUUGUCGGAGAAGGGGCAUAUGGAGUCGUUUUGAAGUGCAAGAAUAAGGAAACCGGAGAGAUUGUGGCGGUGAAGAAGUUCAAGGAGGGAGAUGAUGACGAGAUUGUCCGAAAGACGACCCUCCGAGAGGUCAAGAUGUUGCGCAUGCUCAGGCAGGACAACAUUGUUGACCUCAAGGAGGCUUUCAGAAGGAAGGGCAAGCUGUACCUCGUUUUUGAGUAUGUUCCCAAGAAUCUAUUGGAAGUUUUGGAGGAGAAGCCAGGAGGAGUGGAGCCAGAGCUCGUGCGCAAACUCAUCUUCCAGCUUGUGACUGCCAUUGCAUGGUGUCAUCAGCAUGAGAUCAUCCACAGAGACAUCAAGCCAGAGAAUCUGCUCAUUGAUCCUGGCACAGAGGGCCAGGGACCAAUCCUUAAGCUCUGCGACUUUGGGUUUGCACGAACCCUGCCGCACAAAGGGGCUGCCCUGACCGACUAUGUAGCCACAAGAUGGUAUCGCGCCCCUGAGCUUCUGCUGGGGUCAACAGACUACGGGAAGGAGGUGGACCAGUGGGCCGUGGGGUGCAUGAUGGGGGAGCUAGUGGAUGGCCAACCCGUCUUUCCAGGAGAGAGCGACAUUGACCAAAAGGUCAUGGGCGCGCUCACGGGAGAGCACAUGGAGCUGUUCCUCCGGAAUCCUCGCUAUGCUGGCUUCAAGUUUCCCGACAUGGGGCGACCAGAGAUGCUCGAUAGACGGUACGCUGGGAAGCUAUCUCCAGCCGGCCUCGACCUGAUGAAGGGACUGCUCAACAUGGACCCCAGAAAGCGCCUGACUGCGGAGCAGUGUCUUGAGCACGCGUACUUCGACGGCCUGACGGACGUCCACCUGCCGUCCGCCACCGCGAGCGCGCCGUCCGCAAACUACUCCGCCGCGGCCGCGGCCGACGACCACGAGUCCACGGCGCUCAUCGAAACCCGCCCCUCGACACGUGGCAGCGUCGCAAACGACCUUCUGGUCACUCCCAAGCGCGCGCGCGCGCCUGCGGAAACGGCGAGCUGCACGACCUUCGAGGCGACGCCCGACAGCGGCCUGAACGACGAGGCGACGUCGCCGCGGCGCAACCUGCCCAAGGGUUUAGGGUUUCAGAGCCCGGCCGCGGCGGCGCUCCAGGCGGUGUCCGAGGAAGAGCCGUCGCAGGGCAAAACCGCAGCGAAGCCGCCACAGCUCGAGAGGCAGACUUCGCAGCAAGAACUGAAGCCGCCCCCGAGCAGGAAGCGCGAGCGUGGUCUGAUGGUUUCGCCGUCGGAGGGGGGUUCAACGACCGUCGGGAAGGAGCGGAAGGCGAUGCCGAAAGAAAAAGCGAAGGGACGGCGCGCCGGGGACAAGGAGCCGGAGGGGAUGGAGAUCGACCAAAGCGAACAGUCGGAGCUCCGAAAUGGAGACGACAGCGAGAUGGACAUCGACACCCAGAGCGUGGUCAGCGACGGGAAGCCCCGGACGAAGGGGCUCCACGCGGGGCCCGUCAAAAAGGGGGGGUCGAAGAAGGCGGGAACCGGCCCCCCCCCGAAGCACGGAAUCGUGCCCCCCCUGGCGCUGGGGUCCAUGCCCGGGGCGCACCCGAAGCAGCAGCGGACAGCGGUGCGAAAAGCGGACGCGGCCGCGGGGUCGUCGACGUCCGGGCGCGACUCCACGCAGGCGGGCACGCGGAUCUCCCCGCUUCCGACGCUGCUGGAGGGCGUUCCGUCCGAGGCUCCGCCGGAAGGCAACGCGGAGCGGAAGUUCCGGACGUCCGACGGGGACGGCCUCGCGGUGGAAGGGCUGAGCUUGCGUCACGAGAACGUCAGCGCGGCCACGACAGCCAGAGACUCCGUCACGGACGGGGUCGGUUACAAUUUGGACGCGCAGCUGCAGAGCAUCGCGGGCGGCUUCGAGGCUGGGGGUUUGGACGGGGUUUUGGAGCGUGCGCCGAGCCGCAGCAAGGCGGACCGGCGCGCCCCGACGUCGCUCGCGUCGCAGAAGGGGGCCGCGCGCGCGGAUGGCGACUCGGAGAGCCGCCCCGCGACGCGACACGGUCGCGGGGAGCGCGAGAAAGCUAAGAAGGAGCGGGAAGAGGGGUUGCGGGGGACCCCCCUGCGGCCGGAACCGGUGCCGACGCCGCUGCUGCCGGCGGUGGGGUGUAAAGUCGAGGAGCACGAGGAGGCCGCAAUGGAAGGUCGUCGAAGGAAGGAGCUACGGUCGCGCGGAUCGGUCCAGAUUUCAGAAAUAAGCGGUCACAACUCUCGAACUGCGGGUCGCCGCGACAUGCAAGAAAAUCACCUGCCGUCGCCUUACGAUGUCGGGAGCCAAGCGAGUCACGGGGCGGGAAAGGAGCGGUUGCGGCGCGAGCGCGAGUUACAGAGGGAGCGGAUUGAGGAGGAGAACGGAACGAUCGCAGGACCGGAGAGGAGCCCACGCGGACAGCAUCCGGUCCAGAUAGCGCUGGCGAGCCAGCCUCAGCGGAAAAGAACGGUGGGGGUGGGUCACCGGGCCGGUGGCCUGCCCACAUCGCUGCAGCAGGCCUCGUCGAGCUACUCCGGGGCUGGACCGAGCAGAGCACGGGAGCCCCCAGGCAACGGACAGCACCCAACACGGGGCCUCCAGCAACUGAAACGGGUGAGUGGAGGCGCAUGGAGAUCGAAGACGUCGAUUUUUUUCGGCGUUAGCGACUGUGUGUGCGACAAGGCAAAGUGUGCAGAAGAGAUCCCCGAGUCUCACAACAAUUACGGAUACGGCCCCUCGCAGCAGUUUGCAAGCGGGCCGUCGAUGGAGCGCGGCGGCAGUGAGUACCGACACGCGACCACGAGCCACGGGCGCCUCUCAUCGGACGGCUCUGAUGCAAACGCGGCCGCGAUGGACGCGCGGCCCGCCAGCCGUAACCUGAAGGCGGGACACGGGUUGCUAGGCGCGUUCCCGGGAGGGGGGGCUCUGGAUGGCAGGACAUCGACCCCCCUGAUGCAAGAGCGGCUCCUGGGGAGGGCGAAGAUCGCGCCGGUCGAUGAGAGGCUGGAGAGCGGACAGGAUGAGCAACUGGAUUCACACGUGUCGAUCAGGAGUCGCGGCGCGGGGCACGAGCUCGCCAGCGGGCGGGCACCGAGCCGGGGCAAGGGCGUUUUUGAUCUGGAUCACGGCAGCAGCGCGUUGCCAUAUGCCGGCGGCGCCUUCCCCAAGAGCCAAAACCUACGAAACAGAGAACGAUCCUGA